UGCUACGUUGCGUGUGGUCACGCUCGGUUGCCACUGUUCCUGUUUACAGCAGGAUCGGGACUCUAUCUGGUUGAUGCUUCGGACUGUUUUUUUUGCAAACGGACUGAACAGCAGCUGAGACCUACCAGAAAAAUAAUCGAGGUGGAGGAGCUGGUGCUGUGUCCAUAAAGAUGAAUAUUGUCUCUAAGAGUAAGAAGCGGGUGGUGCUUCCAAGCCGCCCUGAACCCCCCACAGUGGAGCAGAUCCUGGAGGACAUCAGCAAAGCUGAUCCCAACGACCCGGUCUUCAGCAUCCUGGAAAAAACUGGACACGAGUCGCCCCCCCCUGCGGACAGUGAGGUGGAGCUUCGCUUCCAGCAGUGUCGCCGGUUCCUGGAGCUGACGGAGCAGCUGGAGGAGUCCCGGGGCCGGCUGCAGCAGCAGAGGGAGGAGCUGCAGGCCACCGGGGAGCGUCUGGACAAAGAGGUGGAAGAGGUCAAGAACCGGAUUCUCUGACUCAGCACUUCUGGCACAAACUCACCUCGGUUGGACGUGUCAGCUUUCAGCACAAAGGAAGGGGCUGGCCGACCACUG